CUUCUUUCUCUUCUCUUCUCUUCUCCUUCCUCCCUUCAUUAAUCUUUCAUAUUUUCAUUACAACCAAAUUAAUCAAACAAAAAACAAUACCCACGACGGGACAUGUCUUAGAAGCCGGCAAAAGAUUGCCAAGUCGUUGACAUGUUCUCUUUCCCUGUUUGUUUAUGCAAACCUCAAAAAGCCAUUGACUUGGAAGUAACCAUGCUCCUUUACCUCUAAACUCACCUCAAGUUCAAUAACUUCAAAUUCCAUUAAGUUUCUAAGCUCAAUUUGGAUGCUUUCUUCGCCAAUCUUUCCAUUUACCAUUUCUCUUAACUCCCAAAAUGAGUUUUUUCAAUUUCCUUGAUAACUUUUGAGUUGCAUUUGGCUUUUUUAUGCUGAUUAAAGUAAAAAUAUAAGCUUUCCAGUUCUUCAAUGGCUGAAAUUAGCCUAAAGAAGCUUAAUAUCUACAAUUCUUGGACAAUGCUGUUGCGGAUUAUUUUUGUUUUCAGUUUCUUGCAUCUUGUCCAGUGUCAAGAUGUGGGUGACUAUAAUGAAAUUAACAACCCUGCCGUUCGUCCUUUAAUCACCCAACUUGUCUACAGCAGAAUAUCAAAUCUGACAGCAGUUCUUAGUAGCGAGAUCAGUACCCGGUCCAGUUUCUGCGUGAAGGACCCGAAGGCUGAUUGGAAUCAAGCAUUCAAUUUUUCUUCCAAUUUGGACUUUUUGGCUACUUGUAUUCAAAAAACUAAAGGAGAUAUCACACGGCGGAUAUGUACAGCAGCAGAAGUGAAAUUCUACUUUAAUACUUUCUUUGAGUCAUCAACAUACGACAAUUAUUUGAGACCAAACAAGAAUUGUAAUUUAACCUCAUGGGUUUCUGGUUGUGAGCCGGGAUGGGCUUGCAGUAUUGCUCAAGAUCAGCAAGUUGACCUUGAAAAUUCACAGCAAAUUCCUGCAAGAACUCGCAACUGUCAGACUUGUUGUGAGGGUUUCUUCUGUCCUCAUGGUCUCACAUGCAUGAUACCUUGCCCACUAGGUUCCUAUUGUCCACUUGCAAAAUUCAAUAAGACAACUGAUCUAUGCGAACCAUAUCAUUAUCAACUACCUCCUGGACAGCCAAACCAUACUUGUGGAGGGGCAAACAUAUGGGCUGAUGUUGGUAGUGGUGGUGAGAUAUUCUGCUCAGCAGGAUCAUACUGUCCGACAACAGUCCAGAAAAAUUCAUGCAGUAGUGGACAGUAUUGCCGGAUGGGCUCUACAUCUGAGACACGUUGCUUCAAAUUAACUUCGUGCAAAGCAAACUCUACAACUCAAAAUAUUCAUGCUUAUGGAAUUAUGCUCAUUGCCGCAUUAGCUACUGUAUUAGUCAUUAUUUACAACUGCUCUGAUCAAGUUCUUACCACUCGAGAGAGGAGACUGGCUAAAUCCAGGGAAGCAGCAGCAAGGAGUGCAAAGGAAACAGUGAAAGCACGUCAAAGGUGGACGAGGGCAAAAGAUGCUGCCAAGAAACAUGCAAGUGGAUUGCAAGCUCAUAUCUCACGGACAUUCUCUCGUAAGAAACUUAGCAAGCAUCCUGAACAACUUAUGAUUUUGAAAAAGGAUAAGUCAGAAGUAGAAGGUGAUUUAUAUCUACCUACGCAGUCAGAUGAUUUGUCUACAUCUCUGUCACUAUCUGCACCUUUGUCUACAUCUUUGCGAUUUUCUGCACCUUCAAGUACAUCUCUGCCAUUAUCUGAACCUUUUUCUACAUCUGUGCCAUUAUCUGCACCCUCAAAAGGAAAGAAAAAGGAAUCUGUUGACCUCAUGCAGAUGAUGCAUGAAAUUGAGAAUGACCCUGAUGGUUAUGAGGGUAUCAAUCUUGAAAUUUUAGAACCAAAUGAUACAAGACACAUGCCAAAGGAAAAACAGAUGACUUCUCAUAGUCAGAUUUUUAAGUAUGCAUAUGCUCAACUUGAGAAAGAGAAAGCUAUGGAACAAGAGAAUAAAAAUCUUACCUUCUCAGGAAUAGUUAAGAUGGCUACUAAUACUGAAAUCAAAAGAAGGCCUUUAAUUGAGAUUUCAUUCAAAGACCUAACCCUGACUUUAAAAGCAAAAAACAAGCAUCUUUUAAGAUGUGUGACCGGAAAAAUAAAGCCUGGGCGUGUUACAGCUGUCAUGGGUCCAUCAGGAGCUGGAAAGACCACCUUUCUUUCUGCUCUUGCUGGCAAACCAAUUGGAUGCUGGAUGACUGGUUUGAUUCUUAUAAACGGGGAAAAUGAAUCCAUCCACUCAUAUAAGAAAGUCAUUGGUUUUGUUCCACAAGAUGAUAUUGUGCAUGGAAACUUAACGGUGGAAGAGAAUCUUUGGUUCAGUGCUCAUUGCAGACUAUCGGCUUACAUGCCAAAACCGGAUAAGGUUCUGAUUGUUGAAAGAGUUAUUGAGUCUUUGGGCCUACAGACAGUGAGGGAUUCUUUGGUUGGAACGGUAGAGAAGCGAGGAAUUUCAGGAGGUCAGAGGAAGCGAGUAAAUGUUGGAUUAGAAAUGGUAAUGGAACCUUCACUUUUGAUCUUAGAUGAACCCACAUCUGGUCUGGAUAGUGCAUCCUCUCAGCUUCUUCUUAAAGCACUUCGGCGUGAAGCUCUUGAAGGGGUGAAUAUAUGCAUGGUUGUUCAUCAACCAAGCUACACCUUGUUCAAAAUGUUUGAUGACUUGGUACUAUUGGCAAAAGGCGGCCUUGUUGUCUAUCAUGGUUCAGCUAAGAAAGUUGAAGAAUACUUUGCAGGCCUUGGGAUCCAUGUUCCAGAGCGCGUUAAUCCCCCUGACUACUAUAUUGACAUUUUGGAGGGUAUAGUAAUGCCAAGUGCAAGCUCUUGUAUGAAUUAUAAGGAGCUUCCUAUCAGAUGGAUGCUUCAUAAUGGGUAUUCCAUACCCCCAGAUAUGCAGUGGCAUGCUGCUAGACUUGCGCCACCAGCCAACAUAAAUACCAUAAAUGAAUCAAAUAUUGGUAGUGUUCAAGUGGAGGAGCAAUCUUUUGCUGGGGAAUUAUGGCAAGAUAUGAAGAGCCAUGUGGAGUUGCACCGGGAUAAGAUACGGCAUAAUUUUUUGAAGUCGAGCGACCUAUCAAACCGGAGAACUCCAGGUCUAUUCCAGCAAUACAGAUACUUUCUUGGCAGGGUGAGUAAACAACGACUAAGGGAAGCUAAAAUACAAGCAAUAGAUUAUCUGAUCUUAUUGCUUGCUGGGGCCUGCUUAGGAUCACUUGCAAAAGUCAAUGAUCAAACUUUUGGGGCUGCUGGUUAUACAUAUACUAUUAUUGCAGUUUCACUUCUUGGCAAAAUAGCAGCUUUGAGAUCGUUUUCACUUGACAAGUUACAGUACUGGAGAGAGAGUGCAUCUGGCAUGAGCAGCUUGGCUUAUUUUCUGGCCAAGGACACAAUUGACCAUUUUAAUACAAUUAUAAAACCUGUGGUGUAUCUCUCUAUGUUCUAUUCUUUCACCAACCCGAGAUCUUCCUUCACUGACAAUUAUGUUGUCCUGCUCUGCCUUAUUUACUGUGUAACUGGUAUAGCCUAUGCCUUGGCCAUCUUUUUUGAGCCAGGUCCAGCCCAGCUGUGGUCAGUUCUUCUUCCGGUCGUUUUGACUCUCAUUGCAACAAGGCCAAAAGAUAGUGAAGCCUUAAAGAACAUAGCUAAUUUAUGCUAUCCUAAAUGGGCUCUGGAAGCAUUUGUGAUUGCAAAUGCUGAGAGGUAUAUCAAUCACCUUCUUUGUGCAUAUGUUAAUUUCCAAAUGCAUGUUAUGUACCCUUCGGUAUUUCAUAGAACUUCAUACUAUAGAUUAUACAAAAAAAAAAAAAAAAAAAAAAAAAAAAAGCCUUCAGAACAUAGCUCAAUUUUUAUGCUUCCAGCUAAAUGGGUCUGGAAGCAUUUGUGA